UCUGUGCUGAGUAGAAUAUAAGAGGAGAAAACACUAACAGAUUUUAGGAGAAGUACUUUCUCAGAAGUGUGAUAUGGAGCAACUUCCAGUUCUCCUUGUGAUCUUUGUGUGUUCUAUUCUUUCUCUACCAACCCUAUGUGCAGGGAAACCCCGCUAUGGGAUUAUUGGAGGUAAUGAGACAGAACCACAUUCACGGCCUUACAUGGCAUACUUAGACAUUGGUCAGUACUCUUGUGGAGGCUCUCUCAUUGCUAAAGACUGGGUAUUGUCUGCUGCCCACUGUCAUGGGGAAAUCACAGUUAUCCUUGGAGCCCAUGAUGUGACUGAAGCUGAAAAUAGUCAACAGAUUUUGGGUGUGGAAAGCUAUUAUGUUCACCCAGAGUAUGACCCAGAAAUGAUAAAUAAUGAUAUAAUGUUGUUAAAGCUCAUAACCCCGGCCCAGAUAAAUCGCUAUGUGCAGCCGAUUAUGCUUCCAUCCAGUACCAGUGACCUUCCAAAAAACGUCCUCUGCAGCGUUGCUGGGUGGGGACUGAUUGACAAGAUCCAUGCUACUGACAAAUUAUUUGAGACCAAUGUGACUAUUGUAAGCAGAAGAGACUGCCACCGCUAUUAUCACCACUUGACUAAUGGGAUGAUCUGCGCAGGGGACGUCAGAAAGAUCACAGACUCUAGCCAGGGAGAUUCUGGAGGACCUCUUGUUUGUAGAGGGGUUCAGGAAGGUAUAGUGUCUUUUGGAUUCAAUCAUCCCCCUGGUGUCUAUACAAGAGUUGGCAAUUACUUGGAUUGGAUUAAACAGACCAUAUCUGAACAUGAAGACCCAAAAUUCUGAACAAUGCUCUUUGUGCUCGAAUGGCCACAUUUGUUUUCCUUUAACAAAUCUCUAAUUAUCAUGGUAAUUAAAUAUCUAUGUGAUCAAACAAAUUGUUACUCAUAUAUUAGCUUUAG